AUGGGGGUGCCCAUCACUCCUCACUGUGUCGCGUUCAUGAUUCAAGAUCAGCAAAUCGACCAGGCGGCCCAGGUGCUACGUGAAGCCCAGUACCCCGACUGCAAGGAUCUGGACCAGUUCGCAGCCGACCCUGGCAAUUUCCAAUCUCAAAUCCGCUGUCAUGCAUUGACGGGGGGCGACCCGGACGCCCGUUACAAGCGUCCCAUCCCGGCCCAUCCUUAUUACAUGGUCACUUCCGAUGCGCGGCUCUACAGGCCAUCGUUCGGUGGCGGGGACGGUUUAAUGCUGAACUGCCUGGGCCGGCAGAGUCGGAAGUCCUACCCGGUCAAGAUGCUCCACCCGGAGCGAUAUGUGGAGAAUCUGGUCUACCUGAUGAUUCGCGACAUUGGGUACAACGUCCACCACGGGUGGGAAAUUGAGUUCAAGUGUAUGGUGAGUUGCAGUCAGCUCUUGUCGCCUCCGGACGAAGCGCUGGCCACGAUCGAUGUCAGCCUCGGCGACUUACAGGAAGGGCCGAUCAGUGAAUGGAUUGGGCUGCACCGUGAAUGGGACAGGAAUUAUGCGGCCGUCUGUGUUCGGUUCGCAGCUCUGCACCGACAAAUCAAGAAGUCAGGCCAACUGGGUGAGCCCCUGAUGACCCCCGGAGAAGCGAUGAGUGUCAAGCCGGAACACAUUGAGAACUGCCUCAAGAACAUGGAAGAUGGUCUACCCCCAUUCCCGAAUCGACUUGAUAUGUCCGGCUGGACUUGUCAGUUGAUGUAG